CGUUCACUUUGCCCUUGGAUCAACGCUGUCAGGCUGCCAUUCCAGUGUUCCUCCAUUUGUGACCUGUUUCUGUUUCCCAGAAACAAUCCUCGUUAUUCCUGGACCUGCCAGUAUUUUCCUGAGUUUACAAAGAUCGACAAUAAAGCGGUCAGCUACUGUGUUAAUGAUUUUUGAGUGAGGCGAGUUGACCACGUGCCACACCACAACCACCCCUGUACCGUUCUAACCGUCUCACCAACAAACCCGCAACCACCGCCAGCCAAGUAGAGCCCAUCUGUUGUGCCAGUCAUGGACUCCAUGGACAAACCUCUGCCCAACGAUGAUCCCUCAGUCACCCUGACCAUUCGACUUAUUAUGCAAGGCAAGGAGGUUGGGAGCAUCAUUGGCAAGAAGGGUGAAAUUGUUAAAAGAUUUAGAGAGGAGUCUGGCGCAAAGAUCAACAUAUCUGAUGGCUCUUGUCCCGAACGAAUUGUCACUGUCACUGGACCGACAAAUGCAAUUUUUAAAGCUUUCACCCUUAUCUGCAAGAAGUUUGAAGAGUGGUGUUACAAGUUCCAGGAGAUGCAGGGUGGAGGAGGGGGCGGUUCGGGCAUCCCCCGACCUCCGAUUACCCUGCGGCUCAUCGUUCCCGCCUCACAGUGUGGAUCCCUCAUUGGAAAGGGUGGCUCAAAGAUCAAGGAGAUACGAGAAGUCACGGGAGCAUCCAUCCAGGUAGCAUCGGAGAUGCUGCCAAACUCGACGGAACGUGCUGUCACCAUCACGGGUACCAGCGAAGCUGUCACUCAGUGCAUCUACCACAUUUGCUGCGUCAUGCUUGAGUCACCACCGAAGGGCGCCACUAUCCCGUACCGGCCCAAGCCGCAGGUUGCGGGACCCGUGAUCCUGGCUGGUGGUCAGGCUUACACCAUCCAGGGUAACUAUGCGGUGCCGGCCCACGCUGCCGACGUAAGUACAAUGCCCCUGUUGCACCGUGCGGGUCCGGGGCCGGCGAUGCCGCCCGUGCCCGUGUCAGUGUCGCUGUCGGUCCCCCCCGGCGUGGGGCACCCCCACCCCCAGUUGGGCCUGCCCCCCUCCCCUGCACUGCUGGCCGCCGCAGCCACCGGGCUCGCCGACCCGCUGCUGAAGAACGGCCACCUGGCGGCUGCUCUGCCUCCCGCCCACCUCGCUGCCGACAAGAUGGGGAUGGGCAAUUCCCCAUUGGCUGGCCUGGCUGCUCUCGGACUCGGUGGCCUGAACGCUGGCACAACAGGCGGCCUCAAUCCAGCAGCUUUGGCCGCCCUGGCGGGAAGCCAGCUACGCACGAACAACCAGAACCGUGCACAGCCUGGAGCUAACCAGCAGACCCACGAGAUGACAGUCCCAAAUGAGCUGAUUGGUUGCAUAAUUGGAAAGGGUGGCACAAAGAUUGCAGAGAUUAGGCAAAUUAGUGGUGCUAUGAUCCGCAUCUCAAAUUGUGAGGAACGUGAAGGUGGGCCAACUGAUAGGACCAUAACAAUCACAGGCAAUCCAGACUCCGUCGCACUGGCGCAGUACCUGAUCAACAUGAGUGUUGAACUGCAGAAAGCUAACCUUGAAGCCCAAAAUCCUGGCUCCAACCCUGGUGGUGCGGGUGCGGGUGGUCCUACCGGCGGCGGUGGUGCAGGGGGAGCAGGUGGGGCACCCGGCAGCGGCGUGUCGCCUCUGGCUUCGGCCAUUCCACUGGCACAGCUGCUCUCGAAGCCGGGUGCACUCAAUGCUCUCUCUUCACUCACGGCCCUCGGAGGCCUGACCGAGCUCCUCGGAGGAGGCGGCGCCGGUGGGGGCGCACCUGUCCGCACUACCGGGGUUCACCGCACGUCGGGUGGUGGCGCGGGAACAGGGGGUGGUGCGCACAAGCCGUACGCCCCACGUCUGCGCAGUCCCGCCUCGGGCCAAGGAGUUGGCCAGGAUUCCGGCAAGAUGAAGACGGAGCGCAGCAAGUUUGCUCCCUACUAGGCGAGUGCCUGCAACAGGGACGUCACCGGCGUCUCGACACAUCGUUUCGCCGUGGGACGUCGUCAGAAAAUGACAGUGUUACUAGUUAUACUGAUUACUCGUGUCUGUUCGGUACUGUUAUUGAAUUUUUUUUUUUUUAUUUUUAUUUUUUUCUGUAACCUCUCUAUUUGGCCACAGGAGACAGGACAGUUCUCUUAUAAGUACACGAGACGCCAUUUGUUUCCAUUUCUCUGUAAGUGUUACGCACUAUUCUGACUCGUCAGACACAAGUACACUACUGCUGCUCUGUCGAUUAAAUUCACGUAUGCUAUUACUUCUCAAAUUUUCCCUCUGUCUUUCCCUGCUUCAUUGUAUUUACUGGUGAAAGUUUUGGCUUUCCUUCUAAAGAUGGGAAUUAACAUAUUUUAAACAUCUUGUGAAAUGUUUCAUUUACAGAGGUUUGUUCGCACCUUAGUCUUGUAGUUCAUCCUCUUCGAGAAGGUGAAAUUUUAUUUUCUGGACAGCUUAUCUUAGUUCUGAAGAUAUUUGUAAUAGAACAGACAUGAUUGUUGUAUUAGAUGGAGUGGUAGGCAACAACAACAUAAUUAGAUCUCCACUAAAACAAUAUUCACACAUUAGGUUAUUAUCUGUCAUUUCAUCCAACUGUUAGUGACAUUUUUUAAUAUGCAUCACCUAUAACUCCCAUAUUUUAGACUUUUUUGAUGCCAAGUAAGUACUUUGCGUUGAGUGACGUGUGUUUUUAUAUUCUGUAUUGGCGUAGCCAAAAUCGUAAGACUUUCUAAUUUUUGAUACGUAUUUUCUGUUGGAGAUAUUUUCAAGUAACUGAAUUUCCUCUUGGAUAUUUUUAUGUUAGUGGUCAAUAUGUUUUCCCCAAUUCUUAUGGAUCAUGGGACAACUACAUUAUACAGUUUAUUUUUACGUGGACUGAUAAUAUAUAAUUGAUGAAUGUUUAUUGAGGGAUCAAGAAAUAUCACUCAUUUUUGAAACAAAAUAGUGUUGAGCCACAUUUUUGUGAGACGAUAAUCUGUACUGUAUUGCCAGAAUUUUGCUUUCCAGUGUUACAACAUUAGUGACAAUAUUGUGUGUUUUUAUUAUUGUGAUAGCAUUUUCAAAGAUUGUACCUUCUUUCACGUAAUUUUCUCAGAUUUUAUAGUAAUUUCUCUCCUCCCAGUUGCCUUAUUUGUUUUUUAUUAAAGGAAUUUCUUAGAGUUUUGUCAUUUUGGCAAGAGUAUGAUAACAUAUCAGUACAACUUUGUCAUACACUAUUUGUGAAGAUUUUCUUGGAUUCAUUUGCUUUAUCACAUCGUGGAGACAGAAUAGAAACCGUUUACAUAUUGUAAUGUCAUUUGUUGUACAACUUUUCUUAUUUGACUGUAGACAUUAUUCAGAAGAUUGUGACUGAGAAUUGUAAAGUUAAUGAAUAAAAUACAACAAAAACACA